AUGAAAAUAAAAAAAAACUUAAUUACAUAAAUUAAUAUAAAUAUUUUUGUCCUAGAUGCGGUGCAGCGGUUCAUAGAGAUGCCUACAUACACGGAGGUGAACCCUGGCGAAGACGCGUUGCUCAAGUGCCGGAUAUCUGACAAGAAAGGCGUCUGUUCAUGGCAGAAGGACAAUAAGCCAGUGGGAAUCUACCGCGGCAAGUACGAGUGGGCCAACGAGAACAGUCCAGUCGGCGGCGACUGCUCGCUGUGGGUCCGAGCAGCCACGCUGCAGCUCGACGACGGCCAGUGGCAGUGCCAGGUCACAGCUAGCAACUAUGACGUCCAGGAUGCCCUAUCUAGUCCACCGGCAGCGCUAGCAGUGCGAGUGCCCCCCCAAUCUCCCAGGAUACUCUUUAACGGGUCCCACGUGAUGCCAGGACAGAACAUCACCGUGCCCGCUGGGUCCCGGGCCACCGUCGUCUGCGAAGCCAGAUACGGCAACCCGCCUGCUUAUAUUGAAUGGUAUUUGGAAAAAGAACGCCUCACAGCCUGGAGCCAGACCAAUGCUUCUGAAGUGGAGCGACCACGAGUGUGGGCCUCCCGAUCAGUACUAGAGCUGGGGGCCACGAGGUCAGCCCACGGCAGGCAGCUGGCGUGCAGAGCUCAUCACCCUUCCUACCCAUCUCCGUACUAUAAAGACUCGUUUACUAUGCUGGAUGUUACAUUCGUCCCAGUAGUAUCCAUAGUGGGCGCCGACGCCAGUUCCUUGGGCAACCUGGAGGAAGGCUCCAGUGCUCUCUCCCUAGAAUGCCGUGCUGAAGGCAACCCGGCGCCCUACGUGUGGUGGACUCGAAACGGACAGGUCAUCGCCACCAACGGACCCAAGCUGAUACUGGCACCUGUGUCGAGGAAUCAUUCAGGAAUCUAUGGCUGUCAAGCAAGAAAUUCUCUGGGGACAUCAGACUCAGUAAAAAUUGAGAUUGAUAUCAAAUAUCCUCCAAGAGUGACGUGGGUGGGUCCCGAUACGGUGGUUGAAGCAAACCUAUUUUCUCAAGUCACGCUGGAGUGCAAAGCCGACGGGAACCCCACACCUUCCUACCAGUGGUAUCACAACCCAACCCCAUCAGUGCACAUCAACUCGGCGCCCGAAGACGGCUACCCCGCCGCGACCACCGCCCAGCUGCAGCUCCACAACGUGUCCUACAACCAGCACGGCCGGUACACGUGUGUAGCCGUCAACCACAUUGGAGUCGAGGAGAGGACCCACCAAUCAGAGCCGAUCACUUUGAACGUGCUAGGGCCACCAGUGGGCGCGGAGACCGGCACGGCGCACGCGUGGAGCGGCGCCGAGGGCCGCGUGCACGCCACCGUGUGUGCCGACCCUGCGCCGCGCCGAGCCGCUUGGUUGUGGGGUAGCCUACGUCUUGAUGUACCUUCGCAAAUUGGUCGCUACCGAGCCCUAGAGCCGUCAGGCGCGAACGGUUGCUACCGCUACACGCUUCUCAUCUCCAGCACAGCCGUCUCCGACGCAAGGGUCUACGUGCUGCACGUGGAGAAUGAGCGAGGCUUCUCGUCGCAUGCCGUCUCCUUGACUGUUCAUG